AAGCCGAAGGAAAGAAUAAUAGAAAAAGAAACGGAAAAAGAAAAGGGAAGAGACACUCACAGAGAGACACCACCAUUAACCAUCUUUUGCACCUUAUUACCUUUUCCUUUUCCUCGAAAUCUCGUUUCGUUCCGCUGUGGGCAUCUUUCGGAUGUUAUUUAUUUCAUUUUUUGAUGAUUUGUUGACUUGAUUUUGGUCUAGUCUACAGUUUUUCUAUUGCUAGUAUUGAGUGAUUGAUUCGACUGAAGAAGUGGGAAUCUGCGGUUUGAUGAUCGAUUUCUGGGCUCUGACUUGUGUUUUGUGAAAGCCCAGGUUUGUAUGGGUUGAAUUUGAAGGCAAUGGAUGCUUAUAGUGAAACAGAAGAAGAUCAAUUCUUUGACACCCGUGAGGACAUUUCUUCUGUAUCCGAUUUGGAUUCUGAUUGCUCAGAAGGUUUUCUGAGUCCUGGGCUUGGUGAUGGUGCUCUGGGAUAUGAGUUUUGGACGAAGAAACCAGAAGGUGUUGAUGAGAGGCGAAAUAAGUUUUUGAAAUGGAUGGGUUUGUGUUCGGAUUGUCACAAAACUGAUAGAGAUAAGGAGGAGGAUUUAUGUCAUGAAGACAUGAAAAGGGGCAUUGACAGACUGAAGGAUGAUGAGGAGGCUGUGCUGGCAAACUUGGAUUCUGAACCAAAAUUUUUCUCUAGUCGUUCUUUGCCAUCUUUUCUGUCGCAUGAGACCGUAGAUUUAAUGGAAGAUGGUGCUGCAGAGGAGAAAUUGGCAUGGAAAAUCAAGAACUUGGACAAUGGAACUGAGUUUAUCAUGGAUGAAGUGGCUGAAGAUGGCACUCUUACCACAUUGCGUGAAGUGGGUUCGGAUAGGAUGAUAUCACUUGAUGAGUUUCAGAGAACACUUGGCUCAUCAGCGUUGGUUCGGCAGUUGUUGCGGAAAGACCCGAAGGGGUUCAACAUGGUUGAUUCAAAGAAGAAAGUAAAAAGCAGUUGGCUCCAGAGAUUUAGUGCUGUGACUCAUAUAGCAGAUAGGACAAAGGCACUUCUUGAUAAAACUAACGAGAUCAAUCCUAAGACAGGGUCUGCUACUCAAAGAGUUCGUGUCCAUGUAACUAAAAAGCGCUCUAAAGAAUUAUCAUCUCUUUACACUGGGCAAGAAUUUCCUGCACAUGAGGGUUCUAUCUUGACAAUGAAGUUCAGUCCUGAUGGUAAAUACCUGGCUAGUGCUGGGGUAGAUGGUGUUGUGCGUAUCUGGAAGGUCCUCGAAGAGGACAUUGUAAACAAAUUUAAUGGUCAGGAUAUUGAUCCUUCCUGUUUAUAUUUCUCCCUAAAUCAUUCUUCCAAGUUAGCUCCUCUGGAUGUUGCCAAGGACAAAACCAGUCAGGAGAAAGGCAUGAGGAGAUCAUCUGACUCAGCCUGCGUCGUUCUUCCUCCGAAGGUCUUUCAAUUGUCGGAGAAACCUCUUCAUGAGUUCCAUGGACAUAUGGGCGAGGUGUUGGCUCUCUCAUGGUCCAAGAAUGGGCAUUUGCUGUCAUCUUCGGUUGAUAAAACAGCUCGCUUGUGGAGAGUGGGACAUGAUAAUUGCCUAAGAGUUUACUCACAUAACAAUUAUGUAACUUGUAUCGAGUUCAAUCCUGUGGAUGAUAAUCAUUUCAUCAGUGGUUCAAUAGACGGGAAGCUACGCAUUUGGGAAGUUCAAGGUGGUCGAGUAAUUGAUUGGACUGAUAUUAGAGAAAUAGUGACUGCUGUGUCUUAUUCUCCAGAUGGCAAGGGAGGUGUUGUUGGCUCUAUUGAUGGCAACUGCCGCUUUUAUGAUGUCAUAGAUAAUCGCCUGCAAUUGGGUGCUCAAAUAUGCCUCAAGGGGAAGAAAAAGCUACCCGGAAAGAGGAUAACUGGAUUUCAGUAUUGUCCAAGCGAUGUGAGCAAAGUAAUGGUCACCUCCGCUGACUCACAAGUUCGAAUACUUUGUAGGACCAAUAUUAUCUGUAAACUAAAAGGAAAUCGAAGUUCAGGAAGCCAAGUCCCAGCGUCUUUCACUUCAGAUGGGGAACAUAUCGUUUCAGUCAGUGAGGACUCGAAUGUCCGUGUCUGGAACUACACAUCCCAUGACCAGAAAUCGUCACGACCGAAGAAUGUUUGGUCGUGUGAGAGUUUCUUGUCACGCAAUGCUUCCAUUGCUAUUCCCUGGUGUGGCCUGAAGAAUAAACUAGGUGCACUGCCAGGAAGUAUAUUAGGAAACGGACAUUUUGACGAGAAAUUGCUCCAAAAGUUGCCUGCUUCUUUCCCUGAUUGUUUCACUAUGAGCUUUGGAUUUUUCUUGGAUGCUCUAUCCAAAGGAUCUGCAACAUGGCCGGAAGAGAAACUGCCAAAAUCGAAUCCAAUGGCAGCUAAAACUUCAGUAGGCAAAUCCGAGUUCAAGUUCCUAAAGAAUGCUUGGCUGAGUGCGUUGAACUCUCCGCAUUUGUGGGGUCUCGUAAUCGUAACUGCAGGAUGGGAUGGAUGCAUUAGGACAUUUCUGAAUUACGGAUUGCCUAUUCGAUUCUGAGACGAGAUUUUGCAUAUCCUUCCUGUUGCAGUUUGGUUACGGUUAACACACGGACGCCUGAAAUUUGCAUGGAAAGGUUGAUAAACAUGUUUUCUUUUUUUGUAUAAAUGUGGUGUCGUUUAUAGGUCAAAUUGUAGUAUAAUUGAUUAGAUUUAUAUAAUGCUAAGAGGCAAAUAUAUCUAGUAAGUUUGUAUACAUCAUCAUCUGGCCACAAUUCCACCAAAUGGUUGGAUUUCCUUUUUUUGUUCACCCAUAAAUGGAUAUUGGUGUCCCAUUCAGCUCUAUAAA